AUGGUUGACGUCCCCUCGCCUGUCAUGUCAGGCUUCCUUGCUUGUAAGUCACCAACGUCAACCUAUGAUAUCUAUGGUCUACCUGCUAAUGUGUACAUUCCCUCUCUAGACUACUUCGCCCCUCAUGUUGCCAACAUGUCGCUAACUGCUUGCCAUCAUGUCACCUCCACCACCAGUCAACGAAGGGGGCACAUGGGAGAGAGUAUCAUGAUAGCAGGGAAGGGAGCCAUUGGGGGGUUCGAUUUUGAGCUGGUGGCCAGCAUUUGUCACACUGGUCAGUACUUUACCAUCCCCCACAUAAUCCACAUGGACUCCACUGGAUUCCACUGGAUUCCACUGGACUUCACUACAUACUGGCAAUAUCCACAAAACUGGACUCCCAGCACAAAACUGGACUCCACUGGACUCCACUGGACUGCAAGCACAAAUCUGGACUGGACUGGACUGGACUGGACUGGACUGCAAAUUACAAAACUGGACUCCACUGGACUCUCCUAA